AUGGCAGAGGAUGAUCAUUCGUUCAAGUACGAUGAGAGCGACGAAAAGGGCCCCGGACAUUGGGGAGACCUGAAGCCAGCAUGGCAGACAUGCAAAACCGGCAAGUUCCAGUCGCCAAUCGACCUCAAGACGAACAACGGUGUGGCGGUGGCAGAGGCGGAUAGCCGGGUGAGCCUUGAGGGCUUGAAAAGAAGCUACAAAGAAGCUCCGGCGGUGAUGAUGAACAGAGGGCAUGACAUCGUAGUUCAGUGGGAGGGCGACGCUGGCGGCAUCGUCGUCAACGGGACCCACUACAAGCUCGUGCAAUGCCAUUGGCACUCUCCUUCAGAGCACACCAUCAAUGGCCAGAGAUUGAAGAUGGAGCUUCAUAUGGUGCACAACAGCUCCGAGGGACAGCUCGCUGUGGUGGCUGUCCUCUACGAGUUCGGGCAUCCCGACAAGUUUCUUUCUAAGGUAUUUAAUUUAAUCGAAUUAUUGUUAUAUAUGAACAAAAAUGAGAAUGAAAAGGGAAUAGAGUUGGGGAAUGUGAAUCCAUGGACAGUGCAGCUGGGGAGCAGAAAGUAUUUUAGGUACAUGGGAUCCUUAACUGUCCCGCCUUGUACUGAAGGCGUCGUUUGGACAAUCGUGGACAAGAUCAGGACAGUCUCCAGGGAACAGUCCAGAGCUCUCGCACUUUCUGUCCAUCAUGGAUUUGAGAAUAAUUCGAGGCCAACACAACAAAUAGAUGGGAGAAGUGUGCAGCUCUAUCGUCCCCAAUGCAUGAUGAUGAGCUGCUGUGUAAGUGGUGGUGGCGGUGGAAAUGGUGUCGGAAGUGGAAAAAGUGAUAAAGGCGGCGGCGAUUGUGGUGGCGGUGGGGAGGGGAGAGCAGUUGGGCUUCGAGGGGUGGUGGUGGCUACCGCCGUAGAUGACAAAGAAGAAGACGGUGGUAGUGAUGGUGGCGGUAACGGAGAUCUGGAGAUGGAAAAGCAGUAG